UGUUUUUACUUCUUCCUCUGCUUCAUCUUCCAAAUCACAAGAAACAACCAGUAGUGAUGUCACUUCCGGACCUUACCAGGAUCGUACUACUAUCCAAAGAGUCACUCCUACUGCUACAAAAACAAAUGAACAAACUACAUUGGUUACUGUAACUUCCUGUGAAUCCCAUGUGUGUACCGAGUCUGUAUCAUCGGCUAUCGUUUCUACAGCCACAACUACGGUUAGUGGCGUGGCUACAGAAUACACUACAUGGUGUCCUAUGUCUACCACAGAGCCAACAAAACCAACUACGUUGAUUACAGUUACUUCUUGCGAAUCUGGUGUCUGUUCUGAGACCGCCUCUCCUGCCAUCGUUUCUACCGCUACGACCACUGUUAGCGGCGUCGCUACUGAAUACACUACAUGGUGUCCUAUGUCUACCACAGAGCCAACAAAGCAAACUACUUUAGUUACAGUUACUUCUUGUGAAUCUGGUGUCUGUUCCGAGACCACCUCUCCUGCCAUCGUUUCUACCGCUACGACUACUGUUAGUGGCGUCGCUACUGAAUACACUACAUGGUGUCCUAUGUCUACCACAGAGCCAACAAAGCAAACUACUUUAGUUACAGUUACUUCCUGUGAAUCUGGUGUCUGUUCCGAGACCACCUCUCCUGCCAUCGUUUCUACGGCCACAACUGUCGUCAAUGACGCUGUUACAGUGUACACCACAUGGUGUCCAUUAACAACCAGUACUACUACAGUUAGCGCCAGUGUUACCACCGGCGUUACUAGCACCCCUGCCAUUCCUGAAGCAACCGAAACGGAAACCACAACCCACGGCAACGGCAAUGGUGUAUCUUCGAUUUCGGGAUCUGGUUAUGUUGAAGGACAUAYUACCGCUACCAAUGAAAUUUCACAUGUAAAUGGUGCUUCUUCCGUGUUGGCAACUGCCAACACCGAGGUACYUGCAAGUUCCAACUUGAGCACUGUCUCACAACAACCUCGUAGCACUUCCACAAGCGGCGUGCCAGCAUCUAGCACCGCCUCUCUAGAAAUGUCCACCUACGCUGGUAUUGCCAACGGACUACUAGCCAAUAGUGGUCUGAGUGUUUUCAUUGCCUCAGUAUUAUUGGCAAUCAUUUAA